UACCUGGUGGCCAUGGCUCCAUCUCUGUCCCCUCGGGCAGGACAGACAGAGCAGAGCCCAGGAUGUGCCCCCAGGCUGUGGCUCAGGGCAGGGGGGGAAAGGGAACCUUUCCCUGCACCCCUCGGAUGACCCCAAAUUGAACCACGUCCCUCCAAUGGGGAUUUGCCCAGAGCAGGCACACCUGGGGAAGGAGUGCCCAUGGCUGCGGUGUCCCUGUAACCUGGGUGGGCACAUGGCUGUGGUGUCCCUGUCACCCAGGUGGGCACUUGGCUGGGGUGUCCCAGUCCCCUGGGAGAGGGGACACACCCAGGGCACAGCCCCAAGGGCAGCCCCGUGCAGGCGGGUGACCCCAGGUCUUGUGGCACGGCCGCGUGAUGGCAUGAAAUCACCCACCCUGGGCAUGAAAUCGCCCCUCCCGGGCACGCCAGGCUGCUGAGGAUGGGACUGGGGACAUCCCCCGGCAGUCCCCUCCCCUCCUCGGGCACAUAAAGCCGGCGGCUACGCCGCGCCUGCCCGGCUCCAGCACUGACCAUGGGCCACCUGCAGCUCUGGCUGCUCGUCCUGGCCGGGCUCGCGGGGAUCGUGGCCCAGGAAGACCUGUACCGAAAGGUGUUCGUGUUCCGGAAGGAUCCCAGCGACGCCUUCGUGGUGCUGCAGGCGCAGCUGGAGCAGCCCCUGCGCAACUUCACCGUGUGCCUGCGCUCCUACACCGACCUCACCCGGCCACACAGCCUCUUCUCCUACGCCACCAAAGCCCAGGACAACGAGAUCCUGCUCUUCAAGCCCAAACCCGAGGAGUACCGCUUCUACGUGGGGGGAAAGUUUGUCACCUUCCGUGUCCCCGAGGGCCGCAGGGACUGGGAGCACGUGUGCGCCAGCUGGGAAUCCGCCAGCGGCAUCGCCGAGUUCUGGCUCAACGGCAAGCCCUGGCCGAGGAAGGGGCUGCAGAGGGGCUACACUGUGGGGGCCACGGCUGCCAUCCUGCUGGGGCAGGAGCAGGACAGCUUCGGAGGUGGCUUUGACCUCUACAACUCCUUCUCGGGGGAGCUGAGCGACGUCUACCUGUGGGACACGGGGCUGUCGCCGGAUAAGAUGCGCGCGGCCUUCCUGUCGCUGCGCCUGCCGCCCGCGCUGCUGGCCUGGAACAGCCUCAGCUACGAGGUCAAGGGAGAUGUGGUGGUGAAAGCCCGGCUCCGGGAGGUGCUGGGGGCCUGA